UGUUAAUUCGGUUGGGUACUGCUUGCUGGUGAAAUUCUAAUUCCCCUGAAUUCUCGAUCGUCCAAUCAAACAUUUUGAUUCAUAAUGUCUAUGUAAAAUUCUUAAAGCUUGUAUUUUGAUCAACGGGUUCUUGAUCAUUAGGAAUUUGGAAUUCUGAAAAUUUCUUUGUCCAUGAAACUUUGGGCGAACUUGGCAAAGGAGUUUUGAGAUUUCAACUGGUUUUUGCAUAGAAGAGUUUGGAAUCUUGAGGAUAUUUGAAUUUGCAUUAAAGAUUAGAGAAGGAUUCACAAAUGUGAGGUUUGGAACAAUUAAGGUCUUAUAUUGGAUGCAAAGUGGAAAAAAAUAAAUAAAAAUUGGUUAGAUUUGAUCACAAAGAUCUGAGUAUUGGUCGGUUAGUGUUGUAGGAUUUUGCAAAGAUGGGGGUUGAUUAUUACAAUAUUUUGAAAGUAAAUAGGCAAGCAACAGAUGAAGAUCUCAAGAAAUCAUAUAGAAGAUUGGCUAUGAAAUGGCAUCCAGAUAAGAAUCCAAACAACAAGAAAGAUGCUGAAGCUAAAUUCAAACAAAUUUCUGAAGCCUAUGAGGUGUUAAGUGAUCCACAAAAGAGAGCUGUGUAUGAUCAAUAUGGUGAAGAAGGUUUGAAAGGAGUUCCACCACCAGGUUCAAGUAGUGCUGGUGGUGGUGGUGGAUACCCUUAUUCAAAUGGAGGUUCAAGUGGUGGUUCAAAUGAUUUUAGGUUCAAUCCUAGGAAUGCAGAAGACAUUUUUGCUGAAUUCUUUGGGAGUAGUCCAUUUGGGUUUGGGUCAAUGGGAGCUGGGAGAUCUAUGAGGUUUCAAUCAGAUAAUGUAUUUAGAAACUAUAGCGAAGGAGGAGGUGUUGGAGUGUCUACGCCACGAAAACCUCCACCUGUAGAGAGUAAAUUACCUUGUAGCCUCGAGGAGCUGUAUACUGGAUCAACGAGGAAAAUGAAAAUCUCUAGGAAUGUUAUUGAUGCUAACGGGCGGCUAGUGCCUGAAUCGGAGAUAUUAACAAUUGAUGUGAAGCCAGGGUGGAAAAAAGGAACAAAGAUAACUUUCCCAGACAAGGGGAAUGAACAAGCAAAUCAACUACCUGCAGAUCUUGUGUUUGUAAUCGAUGAGAAGCCGCAUGAAAUAUACAAGAGGGAUGGGAAUGACUUAAUUGUAAGCCAAAAAGUCUCUCUUGCAGAAGCUUUAGCAGGAAUGACAGUGAAACUGGUAACACUCGACGGGCGUCACUUAUCAAUCCCAAUAUCAGAUGUUGUUAGUCCUGAGUAUGAACUGGUAGUUGCACAGGAAGGAAUGCCGAUUGUCAGAGAACCAAGGAAGAAAGGAAAUCUGAGGAUAAAAUUUGAAGUCAUGUUUCCAUCACGAUUGACAUCUGAACAACGGUCAGGUAUAAAGCACAUUCUUGGAGGCGGAUGAUAAUCAGUGUCAGAUGAUAUAUGCCAGCAGUCUUCAUCUAUCUGACUUUGUUACUGAAAUGAAUCAGCCAAACAACCCCACUGUAACUAUUUUUGGUCUCCUUUUCUUUUAUUUUUGUUCCAUACUUCUAUAUAAUUGAUUUGUUAUACUGUGGUUGGCUUAGUUCCCCCAUUAAUGUAAAAUUGAUAACACUCAUAAACAUUACCUUUUACUUUCUGCAAAUGAAAAAACCCUGUGUUGCACUA